AUGCAUGCCAAAUCCAUUUUGGCCUUAGGCCUGAUCGCCGCUGUCUCAGCAGCCCAGCCUACCGUCUACCUCAUCCGUCAUGGUGAGAAGCCCAGCGAUGGAGGUAAUGGAUUAAGCGCUCAGGGGCUGGAGCGCGCACAAUGCCUUCGCAAUGUUUUUGGCAGCGCUUCAAGCUACAACAUUGGAUAUAUCAUGGCUCAAACGCCCAAGAGUGAUGGCAAACGCGCUCGUCCUUAUGAGACCGUAGAGCCUCUCGCAGAAGACCUGAGUCUAACUGUGGACACAUCCUGUGAUCGUGAUGAUCCCAAGUGUGUCAGAGAUGUGGUUGAGGGUUACACCGGGUCGGGCAAUAUCCUGAUUUGCUGGGAACACGACGCCUUGACGGACAUCGUCGACAAGUUGGGCGAUGAUGAUGCCCCAUCGUAUCCUGAUGACCGGUUCGACUUGAUUUGGACCGAUCCCUAUCCCUACUCCGAGAUCACGGCACAGACCAGCGAGCAAUGCCCGGGUUUGGAUGGUUAG